AUGCCCCCUAUCCCAACACGCACCCACCGGGUUCACUCGUCCCAGCGCAGCCGCAUAUCGUCAACGCCCACCUCUGCCGCCCGGAAACGAUACGCCAUUCCUCCUGGCAGCCCGGAAAUCAUCUCCAGCCUCAUCCAGAGCCUUAGCGCCAUUGCCGAGCCUGCCAACCACCACUUCGACAACGGCUUGGUGCCCACGAACCUGUCCCUGCCAACGAGCCCAAAUCCCGGUCCCCAUUCCAGUUCUAGGCGCGGCUCUGGCAGCUUCGGUGUCGACUACGGAGCGUACAAGCAGCGUUCCCUUCAUGAAAACUACACUGAGCCCGUAUCCCUCGACGAUCUUGCUGCUAGCCCGCCUGUUGUCCGCACCUCCAAGCCCCCGAGCGGCUUCUCCCCCUUGACCGCUCCGCAAAGCCCUCGGAGCCACCGCAGCACCAGCCGUGAGAGUGGCUUCAGAUCCUUUAUACGUAGCGCCGCAACCUCUCGCCCCUCGUCAACGGGCUCCUUUGCAUCCAAGAAUGAUGAUGCCCGCAGUAUCGGAAAUCUAUCUGUAGAACGUGGCUCAGCGCCGCAUCCGGAGCUUAGGCCACGCCGGUCACUCGAUAGCUGGGGGAAAAAGUCUAGCCGGGGCAGCAAGGUGCUCAGCUAUAUGGGCUCUAAAGAGCACCUUCGUGAGCCACAAAUCGAUAGGAGACGAGCUUCUUCUACCCCAAUAGUUGGCGGCAGUUCAGCAGCAGCAGGGAGUAGCAUUCACAGCGCAAGCAAGACGGAUAAUUUCUUUGCGGGAGGCGCCAUCAACGAGGAACCAGCGCCAAUUACUACUGAUGAUUCCCUACUGGGAGACGGCCUGCAUCACAUCCCGGUUCGCGAUUCGAGCCUGCGCAACUCGAGCUCAAGUAGAAAACGAGCCAGCACCCGACGAUCAAUGAAAGAGGGCGAGGCAUCUAUAAGUGAUAAGAUCGUCGAAACCACCGAGUCGGGUUACGGUCGCGACUUUUCGAAAAUGAAGCACCGACGCUCAGAUUCAGACACCGGCAAGACGUUUUUAUACGACGUCGAAGAGAUUGCUCCCCCAAAGCUAAGGACAAAGGCAUCUAGUACGUAUCUGAGUGUGGAUUAUAUCGCAGAAGAGAGACCGGACGAGCUCGAGGACGAUGGAGCUCCCUUCCCAUCCGUCUCGCAGGGACGCCGACGAGAUGAGCUUGAUCGUAAAGACCAUCGGCUUUCUACCCGUACACACCCCGGCCCCAACGAAGGGCUUCGCCUGAAGCGCAGCAGCUCCAGACUGAAACGUCUCUCUGCGCCGCUCACUCCACAAGAGAACAAACGACCCGAGGAGCCCGCUCAAUCUGUCAAGCCCACAGGUUAUGAGCGACCCCAAUCUGCUGAUUCGAUUGAUGAUGCUGUUGAAUCAUACCUUUGCUCGCCGCGGUUAUCCCAGAAAAUUCGCCAUCCUCAAACCGGCCGAAUCAUUUCGUUCUCAGAAGUUGGAGACCCGGAAGGAUUUGCAGUUUUCUGCUGUGUAGGAAUGGGCUUGACAAGAUACAUUACUGCGUUUUAUGACGAGCUGGCGUUGACGCUGAGGCUUCGUCUUAUUACACCUGAUCGACCUGGGGUGGGAGACAGUGAGCCAUAUACUGACGGGACAAGCACACCCCUCAGUUGGCCUGAUGAUGUAUACGCAAUUUGCCAGACCCUGAAAAUCACCAAAUUCUCCCUCAUGGCUCACUCCGCUGGCGCCAUCUACGCCUUGGCCACGGCUCUUCGCAUGCCCCAGCACAUCCGAGGCAAAAUCCACCUUCUUGCACCUUGGAUUCCGCCUUCACAAAUGAACGUUUUUGGAUCAUCACAGGCUAAUCCGCCGUCACACACGCUUCCGACUGCCCAGAGAAUUCUACGGGUGUUGCCGACCUCUUUCCUCAAGGCAGCCAACAGCAGCUUCAUGUCAGCAACCAGUUCAUCCAUUACAAGCUCUCUGCCAAAGAACCCUCGCCGGACGAAGCGCAAAGCGGGACAGAAGGAUGGUAAUAGCCGAAAUGCCACGCCGUCCACGGACAAGGAGAAUGCGAACCAAGCCGCUGAUGGCAAGGACUCAAACGGGACACUGGUCAAUGACGGGGAUUUGGCGGCUGCCAAUACCGCUGACGGCUUGGAUAAGGCGCUGCCUCAAGUUCCCGCUGGCAGCGACGCGCCCCCAGUUAUGGAUCCCCUCGCUGAAAAGGAGCGACAACAAACUUAUGAUAUACGACUGACACAUGCCAUUUGGGAACUUGCCACGACGAAUGCGAAUCCAGCAGUCGAUUUGCUUAUCUGUCUGGAAAGACGACAUACCAUUGGCUUCCGAUACGUCGACAUUACCCGCCCUGUGAUUAUUCGCCACGGCAGUAGAGAUACUAGAGUACCGGUCGAGAAUGUCAAGUGGCUGGGCAAGACCAUGCGCCGGUGCGAAGUCCGCGUUCUCGAAGGAGAAGGCCACGGACUGAUGGCAAGCGCCACGGUCAUGGGCUCUGUGUUGAUGGAGAUUAGCAGGGAGUGGGAAGACUCGGUGAAAGCAGCGGCAAGUGAAGGAAAGGAGCGCGAGAGAGGACGACGAGGAGCCCCAAGCAAGUAG